AUGUUGCCGUUAGUGUUGUAUGGGAUAUUGCCGUUAGUGAUGUGUGGGAUGUUGCCGUUAGUGUUGUGUGGGAUGUUGCCGUUAGUGAUGUGUGGGAUGUUGCCGUUAGUGUUGUGUGGGAUGUUGCCGUUUGUGUUGUGUGGGAUGUUGUCGUUAGUGAUGUGUGGAAUGUUGUCGUUGGUGUUGUGUGGGAUGUUGCCGUUAGUGUUAUGUGGGAUGUUGCCGUUAGUGUUGUGUGGGAUGUUGCCGUUAGUGUUGUGUGGGGUGUUGCCGUUAGUGAUGUGUGGGAUGUUGCCGUUAGUGUUGUGUGGGAUGUUGCCAUAA